UGCAGGUACCCUGUAGAAAGAGUGAGUAAUAAUGGGACCAGGCAUUCAAGAAUAUCCCUUACUGCUGCACAGAGAGACACAGAAAAAGGAAAGCCAAAUCAAUGAAAACCACAAGGGAAUGGUAAAUUACAGUAAUGGAAAAAGCCAUCCAAGCGCCAAAGGACUAAAUAAACCAAUUUCUCAUGUGAAAUCUUCUCCUGGAAGAUUAGGCAAAAAUGUAUCAAGUGCCAUUGAAAAGACUUCCCAUGACACUCCAGAUGGUAACCAACCAAGUAUUUUUAAGAAGGGAAGAAACCAGCUGGAUGACAAUACUCAGUCAAAAAGGAUCACAAGUGUUUGCACAUCACUGCACAGAGAACAAGGACCAAAGAGGAGUCUCCCAGAAAGAAGACAAAAUGAAUCUUUUCUGCACAGGAUCCCUCCUAGCAUAAAGGGCAGCACACAAGGUAGCUUCUGUAGGGUUAGAGAUGUCCCAGUGCAACAUUUUUAUUGCAGUAAAAAAGAACAGUUGGAAAAGAAUCAUGAAGAACGCGUUGCUGAGGCUGGUCCAUGCUCUUCUAAAUGGCAAGAAGCAUCUGUAGAUGAAAUGUUUCUUGAUUUUGAAUCAGUACAAAUUAUUAAAGAAGAUGCUGAAGAUGAUAGUGCCAGUGAUCUCUCUGAUUCAGAAAGGAUUCCCAUUCCCCCAUCUCCCUGCACGCCACCAGAACUCAUUCUCAGAGCUGAAGAAAUAGAUCCAGUUUGUUUGGAACAUGUCUCUGAUAUGGGUUUUAAAGAAUCAGAAUAUUACUACCCAGACUUCCUCCCACCUCCUUUCAACUCAUGGGACUUGAAGCAACUGGCCAUCUUUGUUAAUGUAGAAGGUAAAACUGAGUUUCGACCAAAGCCAACAGGAUUUCUUGAGAAAUACAUCGAUCGCCUCUUGCAGCUGGAAUGGCUGCAAAUGCAGACUGUGCAGAAUGAGAAAGGAAAGGCAGCCAAAGCCAGGCCACAGACUGCUCCCGGCUCCAUCCGUGCCCUUAAAAGUCCUGGCAAAGGCAAACCUUUGCUCAGCCCUUUGCCUAACAAGCAAGUGGUUCCCCAAGAAAGUGUUACAAAGCUGCCCAGAAGCUAUGCAGGUCACAGGGGAGAUUCAUACUGCGAAGAAAGCCAGCGGUUACGUUCUCAUCCAGGUCCCUUGAAACUUUCUGAGAGAAUGGGAUGUGCACUGACUUCUCAGAGACAAUCUGGUGAAGUAAGGAGUGAACUGAAAAAAAAAACAACUGCAAAGCAACAGCUUUGCAAUAUGCAGCCCUCUGAGAACAGUUCUAAAAUUCAAAGUGUUGGUAAUAUCAGACCCCCUAAGCAAACCCCAGUAUUUCAUAGUUCAGCUGCCCCUGUCAAAGGCUUAAAAACAUGUGCGUGUACAAAUCCAAAGAAAAAUGGCAAUGCCAACAAUUAUGUUCCUUCUAAAAAACCAACAGGGGACAGGAAAAUAAAAACAAAUGGCACAAAGCAAACAUCAUGCAAAUUUAAAUGA